CUGCGGGAGUCGGAGGCUGCGGGGCGGGGAGAGCGAGGCCGAGCCGCCGGAGCAGGACGCGGAUCAUCCGGACAGACGAGUCCCGGCGCGGCGGCGUGUUGUGGACGAGCAGCGACUCGGUUCAGGGAUUUCAUGAUCUGUUAUUUUGGAUGUUUGCUUAUUAUACGACACAAUAACCACUCGAGCGACAAGUUGCGGAUCCCGGGACUUUUCACCGGAUCGAGAGCCUUCCGAGCGGCGCGAUGGAGGACGGGAAGCCGGUGUGGGCGCCACACCCAGCGGACGGGUUCCAGCUCGGAACCAUCGUGGACAUCGGAGCCGACAGCCUCACCAUCGAACCUCUGCGACAGAAGGGGAAGACAUUUCUGGCUCAAAUCAACCAAGUGUUUCCUGCAGAGGACGACGUCAACAAGCACGUGGAGGAUAACUGUUCGUUGAUGUACCUGAACGAAGCGACUCUGCUCAACAACGUUCGCGUGAGAUACAGCAAAGACAAGAUUUAUACGUUCGUGGCAAACAUCCUGAUCGCGGUGAACCCGUACUAUGACAUCCCGAAGCUUUACUCGCCGGAGAGCAUCAAGCAGUACCGGGGCCGGUCUCUGGGCACGCUGCCGCCGCACGUCUACGCCAUCGCUGACAAGGCGUACCGGGACAUGAGGGUUCUGAAGAUGAGUCAGUCCAUCAUUGUCUCAGGAGAAUCUGGAGCCGGGAAAACGGAAAACACCAAGUUUGUGCUCAGAUACUUGACGACCUCGUACGGAACCGGUCAGGACAUCGACGAGAGAAUAGUGGAAGCGAACCCCCUGCUGGAGGCUUUCGGAAACGCAAAGACCGUCCGCAACAACAACAGCAGCCGCUUCGGGAAGUUUGUGGAAAUCCACUUCAACGAGAAGAACACCGUGGUGGGCGGCUUCGUGUCGCACUACCUGCUGGAGAAGUCGAGGAUCUGCAGACAGAGCCCAGAGGAGAGGAACUACCACAUCUUCUACCGACUGUGCGCCGGAGCGUCGGAGGACAUCAGGGAGAAGUUCCACCUCAGCUCCCCGGACACGUUCAGGUACCUGAACAGAGGAUGCACUCGCUUCUUCGCUUCCAAAGACACGGACAAACAGAUCCUGCAGAAUCGCAAGAGCGCCGAGCACACGAAGUCGGGCCCCCUGAAGGACCCGCUGCUGGACGACCAAGGGGACUUCAACAGGAUGUGCGUCGCCAUGAAGAAGAUCGGCCUGGACGACACGGAGAAGCUGGACCUGUUCCGGGUGGUGGCCGGCGUGCUGCACCUGGGGAACAUCGACUUCGAGGAGGCCGGGAGCACGUCAGGCGGCUGCACCAUCAGGAAGCAGUCGAGUCAGACCCUGGAGCACUGUGCCGAGCUGCUGGGCCUGGAGCAGGACGACCUGCGAGUCAGCCUCACCACCAGGGUCAUGCUCACGACAGCAGGGGGCGCCAAAGGAACGGUCAUUAAAGUGCCGCUCAAAGUGGAGCAGGCCAACAACGCCCGCGACGCCCUGGGCAAGGCGGUGUACAGCCGCCUGUUCGACCACGUGGUGACCAGGGUCAACCAGUGCUUCCCCUUCGACUCCUCCGCCAACUUCAUCGGCGUCCUGGACAUCGCUGGCUUCGAAUACUUUGAACACAACAGCUUCGAGCAGUUCUGCAUCAACUACUGUAACGAGAAACUGCAGCAGUUCUUCAACGAGCGGAUCCUGAAGGAGGAGCAAGAGCUGUACCAGAGGGAGGGGCUCGGAGUCAACGAGGUCCACUACGUCGACAAUCAGGACUGCAUAGACCUGGUGGAGGCCAAGCUGGUCGGCGUCCUGGACAUCCUGGACGAAGAGAACCGACUACCUCAACCCAGCGACCAGCACUUUACCGACACGGUUCACAACAAACACAAGGACCACUUCCGUCUGACGGUACCCAGGAAAUCUAAGCUGUCCGUCCACAGGAACGUGAGGGAUGAUGAAGGAUUUAUUAUCAGACACUUUGCAGGAGCCGUGUGCUACGAGACGACCAAGUUUGUGGAGAAGAACAACGACGCGCUGCACAUGUCUCUGGAGUGUCUGGUCAGCGAGUCCAAGGAUCGCUUCGUCCGCGAGCUGUUCGAAAACUCCAACAACAGCAAGGACGUCAAGCAGAAGGCGGGAAAGCUCAGCUUCAUCAGCGUCGGCAACAAGUUCAAGACCCAGCUGAAUAUUCUUCUGGAGAAGCUCCGCAGCACGGGCUCCAGCUUCAUCCGCUGCAUCAAGCCCAACCUGAAGAUGAUCAGCCAUCAGUUCGAAGGAGCUCAGAUCCUCUCCCAGCUGCAGUGCUCCGGCAUGGUGUCGGUGCUGGACCUGAUGCAGGGCGGCUUCCCCUCCAGAGCCCCCUUCCACGAGCUCUACAACAUGUACCAGAAGUACAUGCCUCCCAAACUCACCCGCCUCGACCCGCGACUCUUCUGCAAGGCUUUAUUCAAAGCUCUGGGACUGAACGAGAACGACUACAAGUUCGGCCUGACCAGAGUGUUUUUCCGGCCAGGGAAGUUCGCGGAGUUCGACCAGAUCAUGAAGUCGGACCCGGACCACCUGGCGGAGCUGGUGAAGAAGGUCAACAAGUGGCUCAUCCACAGCCGGUGGAAGAAGGUCCAGUGGUGCGCCCUGUCCGUCAUCAAACUGAAGAACAAGAUUCUGUAUCGGACCAGCGCUUGUAUCCAGAUGCAGAAGACGGUUCGGAUGUGGCUCUGCAGAAGGAAGCACAAGCCACGGAUCGACGGGCUGGUGAAGGUGCGGAACCUGAAGACGAGGAUGGGUCGCUUCAACGAGGUGGUGGCCGGGCUGAAGGAGGGCAAGCAGGAGAUGAGCCAGCAGAUCCAGGACCUGGAGGCCGCCAUCGACAGGCUGAUGGUCAAGAUCAAGAGCACCAUCAUGACCCGGAUCGACAUCGACCACGAGCACCAGGCCCUGGUGAGCCGGUCGCAGCAGCUGCUGGCGUCCAUGCAGAACAAGAAGAAGGAGGAGGAGGAGCGCGAGCGGCUGCGACGCAUCCAGGAGGAGAUGGAGAGGGAGAAGAAGAGGAGGGAGGAGGAGGAGCAGCGCCGCAAGCAGGAGGAGGACGACCGGCGACUGAAAGCGGAGAUGGAGGUGAAGAGGAAGCAGGAAGAGGAGGAGAGGAAGAGGAGGGAGGAGGAGGAGAGGAGGAUCCAGGCGGAGAUGGAGCUGCAGGUGCAGGCGGACCGGGAGGAGGAGGCGUCCCGUCAGACCGGCCUGGAGCAGGAGCGGCGGGACCGGGAGCUGGCGCUGAGGAUCGCCCAGAGCGAGUCGGAGCUCAUCCCGGAGGAGACGCAGAACGACGCCGGCCUGCGCAGCAACGGCUCGUCGGACCCGUCGUCCCCGGAGAGAGCUGCAGCAGGUCCACAGGUCCAGGCCUCCAAGGCCGCCGCCGGAGCCAAGAAGUACGAGCUGAGCAAGUGGAAGUACGCCGAGCUGCGGGACGCCAUCAACACCUCGUGCGACAUCGAGCUUCUGGCCGCCUGCAGGGAGGAGUUCCACCGCCGGCUCAAAGUUUACCACACGUGGAAGUCAAAGAACAAGAAGAGGAACACGGAGACGGAGCAGAGGGCACCCAAGUCCGUCACCGACUACGAUCAUCCUCCUGUGAAAAAAGCAUCCCAGCAGAACCCGGCGCCGCCCGUCCCGGCGCGGCAGCACGAGGUGGCGAUGAACCGGCAGCAGCGCUACUUCCGCAUCCCGUUCAUCCGGCCGGGCGACCAGUACAAAGACCCGCAGGGGAAGAAGAAGGGCUGGUGGUACGCCCACUUCGACGGGCCCUGGAUCGCCCGGCAGAUGGAGCUGCACCCCGACAAACAGCCCAUCGUGCUGGUGGCAGGGAAGGACGACAUGGAGAUGUGCGAGCUGAGUCUGGAGGAGACGGGCCUGUCGAGGAAGCGCGGCGCCGAGAUCCUCCCCCGGCAGUUCGAGGAGAUCUGGGAACGCUGCGGCGGGAUCCAGUACCUCCGCGCCGCCAUCGAGAGCCGGCACGCUCGACCCACCUACGCCACGGCCACUGCAGAACAUGUUCAAGUGACGGGGGCGGAGACUGGAGAGGGGGAGGGGCUUCUCGCUGCGGACAUAGGGACGAGUUCUCCAUCUUCCUGGACGGCGUCUCACACCAACUGUCCUUUUGUUUUCCUCUCGUUAAGUUUUCUUUCUCUCCGUCUCUCGAGCGAGGAGUUUCACACCGACACUCUAAUCAUAGUCACUGAUCACAUCCCGUUGUUUCUGUUCCCACGUCUGCAAAGUCUUAACUACGAGGCCUUAACACGACUUAACAGGGUUUAACUGCCACAAGUACGACCUCUUCCUCCUCUUCCUCAUCUUCCUCCUCCUCUUCCUCCUCCUCAU